CCGGGGGGAGCAGCUCUCGGCCAUGGGGCUCCCUCUGCUCGGUGCCACCGUCCUGCUGCUGCUGCUGCUGCUGUCGGUGCCGCCGGUGCCACCCGCCGGUGCCGCCGUGCCCCGCCUGCGCGUCUCCGCCAACUUCGAGUGCCGGGCCAGCGCCGACAGCACGCUGAGCCCCCCCCGCUGCCGCCGGGGAGCCCCCGCUCGGUCCCCGCUGACUCCGCCGGCUCUGGCGCUGAGCACGGCGAGGCUGUGCCAGCCCUCGCUGCCCUGCCAGCCCUGCCUGCGGGUGCGCCUGGCCCUCCGUGCCGCAGGGCUCCGCGGGCUGCAGCUCAACUUCCUGGAGCUGGGCUCCAACCGGGCCAGCUGGCUGCAGGUGUGGCGGCGGCACCGGGCACCGGGCAGCUCGCCGUGGCAGGUGCAGUUCGACUGCUUCCCGGUGGAGAGCGGGCGGCAGGUCCUGGUGUCCCUGCGCACCGUCCCCGACCAAGGCUUGGCCAUCAGCCGCAGCCACCUGGUCACUGCCGAGCCCCCCGGGCCCGCUUUCACCCACGCCUGGGUCCCCGAGGCGCGCACCAUCGAGGUGGCUGUGCCCGAGGGCCCUGCCCUGAUGGUGCGGCUGUGCCACCAGCUGGCCCUGGAGUGCGAGGAGCUGCCCCGGCCCUUCCACCGGCAGGUCCUGGUGCCGGGGGGCCACCGCGUCUCGCUGCCGUACGAGUUCCUGGUGCCCUGCCUGUGCAUCGAGGCCUCCUACCCGCAGCGUGACAGCCUGCGCAGCAAGCGCUGCCCCUUCCAGGAGCAGCCGGACGCUUACGGCCCCGAGCUGUGGUCCUCGGUGCGCUUCCACGACUACAGCACCGGCAGCAAGGACCAGAUGGCGAUGGCGCUGAGCGCCAGCUGCCCCCUGCGCCCCAGGGCCACCCUGUGCUGGAGGGAGGUGACAGCCGAGGCUGCGCCCUGCCACGACGUCCCCAACUCCACGGCCAGCGAGGAGGAGCAGGUGUACACGCUGGACAAGGUGGACGUGCACCCCCUGCUCUGCUUCAGGUUCUCCUACGGGAACAGCAGCCACGUGGAGUGUCCCCACCGGCCAGAGCCCACCUGGAACGUGUCCCUGAGCGUCCGGGGGCUGCAGCUCCGCCUGCACCUCACCUCCAGCGUCCCCGCGUCCUUCAGCGCAGCGCUGUGCCAGCACCGGGCCGGGCAGUGCGAGCCCGAGGCCCCCGUCUACACCGUCACGAGGCCGGACGGCUCUGCCCCGAGGGAGCUGGCGCUGCUGCUGCCGGUGCAGGUCCUGGGCAGCUGCGUGCUGGUCUGGCGCUCUGACGUGCGCUUCGCCAGGAAGCAGCUGCUCUGCCCUGAUGUCUCACGCAGGCAUUUCGGGCUGCUGGGGCUGGGGCUGGCGCUGGGGCUGGUGCUGACCGUGCUGCUCCUCAACUGCCGCGGCGCAUGGAGGCCACCCGCCGGCGCAGCGGGCGGCCGCCCCGUGCUGCUGCUGUACUCCCCGGACUCGGAGGAGCACCUGGGGCUGGUGUGCGCCCUGGCCGAGCUGCUGCGCGCGGGGCUGGGCUGCGAGGUGCGGCUGGACCUGUGGGAAGCGGGCGGCGUGGGGCGCGCGGGGGCCCUGCCCUGGCUCUACGCGCAGCGGGGCCGCGUGGGCCGCGAGCGUGGCACCGUCCUGCUGCUCUGGAGCCGGGGCAGCUCCCGGCUCUUCCGCCUCUGGAGAGGGGGCGAGGGCGGUGGGGAGCCCCGGGACGCCCACGAUAUUUUUGGGGCGGCCAUGGCCUGCCUGCACGGGGAGCUGGGGGCGGCGGGGUGCCGCCGGGACUGGGUGCUGGUUUACUUCAGCCGCCUCUGCAGCCCCCGCGACGUCCCCCGGCCCCUGCGGCCCCUGCCCACCUACCGCCUGCCCCAGGAGCUGCCCCGGCUGCUGGGUGCCCUGCGGGGCGGCCGCCCCGGCCACCGCCUCCGCGGCCGGGCAAAGGGGCUCCUGCACCGGCUGAUGGAGGCGGAGGCGAGCAAAGAGGCGGCGGGGGGCAGCUCCGGUGGGUGUCCGGGCUCCCCGCUGCAGCCCCCCGGCACCUGAGUGCCCCCGCAGGGGCUGAGCUGGGCAGAGCAGCGGCGCUGGGCGCACGCCAGGUGCGCGAGGGUGGCCCCGGCGGUGCAGGAUGCACCUGGACGGGGCUGGGCUGAGCGUGUGGCUGCAGGAGGGCAGCGGGGGGGGCCCAAAAGGAGGGCUCAGCUCUGAGCGGGCUGGCCCUCGCUGCGGGCUCCCCGCCUGGCCGGCUCCUGGGGCCGGAGCGGAGGCGCUGCCCCGGGAAGGGGGAAGCUCGGUUUCCAGCAGGUGCUGUACGGAGGAGAUGCGGGGCCCGGCAGAGGGACGCGGCGGCGGCGCUGGAGAGGCCAGUGCAGGGCAGUGACUGGCGCAGCUCCGAGGGGCUCCCUGUGCCCGUUCUGGGCUGCGGCUUUGUGAACGGGUGCUUGGCUGCGUCGGGUGGAAUAAAAGCACGGUUUCACCUUG